AUGGACGAUUCUAAGUGUAGCAGUGAUGAUAUGCUGGAGUGCAUAUUACAAGAUCCCCAUUCAAUGCCAAGAGUUAUGACAUUAGAAUAUUUGAAGAGGAUCACAGAUAAUUUCUCUGACAAGCGAUUACUCGGUGAAGGUGGGUUUGGUAAGGUUUAUAAGCCUUAUUUAUCCAGAAAUCCAUAUCCAUGCAUGUUAAUAUUAGAGUGUAAACAGGGAGAGCUUGAAAAUGGGAAAAUGAUUGCCGUGAAGAAGUUUAUUAUUAAACGACAGUUAAGAAAUCUAGAUGAUCAGGAGAUGCAGUUUAAGAAUGAGGUGGUUGCUCUUAUGAGUCUCAGGCACCCAAAUAUAGUACGAUGUGUAGGCUAUUGUUUCGAAACAAGCAAAAAACUUGUACCAUGCAAUGGAACUUUUGUUCUUGCGGAAUCGCAGCAGGAGAUGUUACUUUGCUUGGAGUAUCUAACAAUGGGCAGCCUGGAUGAACGUCUUCAAGGUACGGAAGAAGAAAUUAUUAUGAAGAUUAAGGAGCACGUGGAGAAGUUGCGUGAGAAGAGCAGAGAAGUCCGUGACAAGAUUGAGCUUGCCAAGGGAAAUGGCAUGGUAGCAACAAACAAGAUCAAAACCUGGCUGGCUCGAGCAGAUACCAUCCUAUCUGACGCGAUGGCUGUCUGUGAGUCCAAGCAAAUUGGGUUCAACUGGGAUACUAGAAUUGCCGCUGCACAGCUUUCUCAGCUGCGAGAAUGUCUCAGUGAUCAACCUAGGGAUAUUGCACAGCCGCCAUCUGUCCUUCAUAUUGAUGUCCACGCUGCUCUACUGCCAAGUCAGGUGCUUUUUGUUGAACAAGCUCGCCAGCACAUCAUUGAGUAUACAGAGGGGAUGAUCGGAAUAUGGGGUCCAGUUGGUGUUGGGAAAACACUCCUUCUCAAGGCGAUCAACAAUUCAUUUGAAACAGGAAACUCCUUGAAUCCUAGUUCAUCAAACAGAAGGGACCCUCCAUUUGACUUUGUUAUCUAUAUGACGGCCUUAGAAGACUGUUCGGUGCAAAGUAUCCAAUCUGAAAUUAUUCAACGGCUCAAAAUGCAUGACCGUGGUGAUUCAUUAACCACUCAAGCCACCAGGAUAUCUAAAUUCCUUCAGGAUAAAAGUUUUCUUGUUUUGCUAGAUGGCCUUCACUACAAUCUGAACCUAGCAGAAGUUGGCCUACCACCCCUUGGAAAUCAAGGCCAAUCGAAGCGAAAAGUUGUAAUCACAACAAGAUCACGAAGCUUGUGUGAUCAGAUGCGUGUGAACAGAACUAUAAAUGUCCCCAGCCUAAAAAUUGAUGAAGCACUUGAGUUGUUCCAAGAAUGUAUUGGUAAUGAUAGUCUUUAUUCUAAACCCCGCAUCGGAGCACUUGCAAAAGAUCUUGUGGACCAACUAAGAGCUCUACCAUCAGAACUGAUAAGAAUAGGCAGCGCAAUGCGCGGAAAAGGGGAACCAGGACAGUGGCAGAAUAUCAUUGGUGUUGCCAAGGAAUUGAUGCAUAUCAAGGAUCAAGAAGCAUCAUCGCUGACUGAAGGAAUUGUUAUUACAAAGCUUAAGCAAUGUUUGCAAAACUUGCGUGGGAGGGGAAAUGAUGUCAAUCACGAGAUUAAGCUUGGAAAGCGAGAGUGCAAGGUAGCAACAAAUCAGAUCAACAACUGGCUGGCUAGCGUGGAUACCAAUAUCUCUGUUGGGAUGGUUAUCUGUGAAUCUGAGCAAAAUGAGGUGAAUUGGGAUCUCAGUGUGAUUGCAGCUGGCAUGCUUCGUCAGCUCCAAGAAUGUCUCAGUGGUCAACCCAGCGUUGUUACAGUGGAAGCAUUGCCACCUUCCGUCCAAGAGAUGCCAUGUUCGUCCACAGAGCAGCAGCCAUCUAGAGUUGAAAUAUUUGAUGAGGCUAUGGAGUAUAUUACGGAUAGUUCAGUGGGUGUCAUUGGAAUAUGGGGGCUGGGCGGAGUGGGCAAGACCCAUCUUCUGACAAAGAUCAACAAUGCUUUUCUUGGGGACUCGUUAUUUGAUCAUGUUAUCUUCAUUACGGCCUCCAAAGAGGGUUCAGUGGAAAAAAUCCAAGGCGAGAUUGGCAAGAAGCUCAAGCUCGAGUUUCCGAAAGGCGAUGAUGUUAAAUCUCGAGCUAACAUCAUUUUGGACUUCCUGAAAACAAGAAAUUUUCUGAUUCUAUUAGAUAACGUUUGGAAUCGGAUUGAUCUGGAAGCAGUGGGUAUACCGUAUCCCCUUGGAAAUGGACUACAACAGAGACGCAAAGUGGUUCUCACAACAAGAUCAAAAAACGGUGAGACUCUAUUUUCUAGUGCUGGUAUUGAAGACCUUGCAAAGGAACUUGUGGAGGAACUCAAGGGCUUGCCAUUAGCUUUGGUAACUGUCGGAAGGUCAUGCUGUGGCGGGGAUGAUCAGGACCUCCAUAUGGAAAAUAUUGUUUUCAGACAACUCAUGUUCAGUUAUGAUAGCCUAAGAAAUGAUACCUUGAGAGAGUGUUUGUUGACUUGCUCACUAUGGUCGGAGGAUGACGAGAUUUCGACGGGAGACCUGAUACGAUGCUGGAUUGGCUUAGGUCUAAUUGACGAGUGUGAUAUACAUGGUUCCUACAGAAAAGCACAGUCUCUAAUAGGUGAACUUACAGCUUCAUGUUUGUUAGACAGUUGUGAUACUGUGUUCGAUAGUGAUGGUUGCAUUCUUGGUAGAGGACGCUUUACCCAUCAGGAAAUGCCAAUUGAAGUUGGUGUUAAGAUGCAUAAUGUGAUCCGUGAUAUGGCUAUUUGGAUAUCUUGUGGCUGCAGUGACAACAAGGACAAGUGGGUAGUUCGUGCAGGAGUUGGUGCAAAUCUGUCUACACGCACCAUUCCUUGGAGCAGAGCCGAAUGCAUCUCAUUAAUGUCCAGUGAAAUUGAGGAGCUUCAUCCGUUUACUGGCUCCACAAAUCUCAAGAGGCUGUACCUUCCACAAAAUCGUUUGGAUAUGAGAGGAUGUUUGGAGCCAUUCAGAGUUUCACUGAGCUAA